AUGAAUAUUUUUAAAAGAUAUAUAUUUUUUUUAUGUUCGUUUUAUUUAUUAUAUGUAACAUGUUCAUCCAAUAAUAAUAAUAGUAAUAAUAAUAAUAAUAAUUUCAGUAAUAUUAACAAUAAUAAUAGUAAUAAUGGUAUACAUAAUGAUAAUACGAAAAAUAGGCCUGCUGCAGGCUCUUUAAAGAAUAUGGAAGACCUUUUAUCUUAUUUUAAGGAACAUACAAAUAAUAAUAAUAAUAAUGAUAAUCAUGUGGAACUAUUUAAAAAUUUUUUGAAUACAAAUAAAGAAUCAUCAGGUUCUAAUAUAAACACCUUAAUGAAGUUCUUAAAUUCAUCGACUAAAAAUGAUAACACAGGUAACAAUCAUUUAGAUAUUGGAAAAUUGUUAGAUACUUUAAAAGAAUUUAAUAAUGCAAAUAAAAAUAAUAAUGUACCAUCUGGUAAUAAUCCAAAUAAUCAAACAACUAACCCUGCAAAUAAUAAUAAUAAUAAUAAUAAUUUGAAUAAAGAUAAUUAUGUGCAAAUAUUUGGAGAUUUGUUAAAAAAUAUGAACAUCCCAUCGAACAACAACAACAACAACAACAACAACAACAACAACAACAAUAAUAAUAAUAAUAAUAAUAAUAAUAAUAGUAGUAAUAAUAAUAGUAGUAGUAAUAAUAAUAAUAGUAGUAGUAAUAAUAAUAAUAGUAGUAAUAAUAAUAAUAAUAAUGCAAAGGCAGCAAACCCAAUGGAGCAAUUAACCAAUCUAUUUUCGCAUAUAAAUAAUAAUGACCAUCAUGACGAAAAGGGGGAUGGUCAUCCGUUAGAACAUAUAAUGAACCUUUUUGGUCAAGGACAUAAUAAUGGUGAUGCUAAGGGUGGGAAUAACCCACUCGAACAUUUAACAUCGCUACUUGGUCAGGGACAUAAUGAUGGUGAUGGUAAAGGUGGGAAUAACCCACUGGAACACUUAAAAAAGAUAUUUGAUCAAGGACAUAAUGAUGGUGAUGGUAAGGGAGGAAGUAACCCACUCGAACAUUUAACAUCUCUACUUAGUCAAGGACAUAAUGAUGGUGAUGGUAAGGGUGGGAAUAACCCACUUCAACAUUUAACAUCUCUACUUAGUCAAGGACAUAAUAAUGGUGAUGGUAAGGGAGGAAGUAACCCACUCGAACAUUUAACAUCUUUACUUAGUCAAGGACAUAAUGAUGGUGAUGGUAAAGGUGGGAAUAACCCAGCAGAAUACUUAAAAAAGUUAUUUGGUAAUUUACAAGGUAAUAAUGCAAAUGGUAUUAAUGGAAAGAACAUGGGAGAUCUUCAAUCUAUGUUAAACAAUUUAUUGAAUAGUGAAAAAUAUAAGAAGUCUCCAUAUACAUUAGAUAAAACUGUAAGUAGUGGUUUUGGUUCUCGUUCAAAAGAAUCCAUGUUAUUAGAAUAUCAGCAUAAUAAAAGUGAACAAGAAAUAUUAAGAGAAUUACAAGAAUUGAUUAAUAAGAAUAAAAUUAAGAAUGUGAGUGAGAAUAAUGAAAAAUUAAAACAAUAUUUUUCCAUGUUAAAAGGAAAAUAUAAUCCAUAUUCUUAUGAAAGAAAAAUUUUGAAUGAUAUAAUAAAUGAAGAUGAUAUAAAGACUAAAUAUAAUAUUGAUGAUAAUUUUGAAAAGAAUUUAAUAGUGAAUGUACAGAAUGAUAAUAUGGAAUAUGAUGUUGAAAUGAAUAAUGAAGAAAAAGAAAAGAAAACUGAAAUGUUUGAAGAUAUAAAUGAAUUGGAUGAUAAAGAUGCAUUAAGUAGUGGAUCAAUUAAUAGUAGUUUAAUGAGGAAAAACAAAAGUAAAAAUGAAAAAUUAUUAAGAGGUCUUACAACAAAUAUAAAUGAUGAUAAUGAUAAUUUACAUGAAUGUAAUUGUAAUAAUAAAUUAAAUAAUUGUGUAUUAUCAUAUAUAAAUUAUAAUAAUUUAGAAUAUAUGUUACAAAGUUUAGAUAUUGAUGUAAAAGGUUUAAUACGAAAGCAUAUGUUAUUAAAAAAGAAUAAUAAUAACAAUAACAAUAACAAUAACAAUAAUGGUAAUAAUUUAUACUUUGAAAAAAAUGAAUCAUUUCUUUUACCCUUACCACCAUUAACAACCAAAUCUAAUGUUCAAAAUACAUCAAACUAUGUAUUAAGAGUACCACGUGUUUUAUUUUUAGCUAGUCGAAAAUCAUUUUCCUCCUCUUUUGACAGAUCAUUAUUUCAUAUAUAUAAUAUUAUGGAUACGCAAUUAAAAUGGAAUACGUAUUUAUGGGGUUAUGGUUUUAAAUAUUAUCCUAUAUUUUACCCAAAAAAUUUACAUACCUUAUUACAUAGCCAUGAAAAACAAAUAGGAAGUGAACCUUUUGAUCUUAUAUUUGUUCAUUCAAGUUUUGUAUCAAAUUAUUAUAAUUAUUAUUUCUUUUUGAAAAAUAUGCCUAAAAUCACCACACUUAUUUUUAUGAAUGAUGGUUGGGAUAAUAAUGUAAAGAAUAUUUUUUUAAAUUUAUUUCCUCAUGUAUUUUUUCAAAACCAAGUAAACAUAUUUGAAUUUAAUCCUUUAAAUAAUAUUGAUACGGUAGCAGAAAAAAAAAAAUUAUUUCAUAGUUUAUGGAAUAAAGUAACAAGUGGUACAACAGCUCCUAGUAGUAGUAUGCAUGAUCAUGUAAUUACUAAUAAGCAUAAAAAAAGGAAAAAAAUAGAAACAAAAACGAAUAAUGUAGUAAAUAAUGAGGAUGAUGUAUUAUUAACUGGUGAUCAUUCUUCAUCAUCAUCAUCAUCACCACCAUCUAAUAAUAAUAAUAAUAAUAAUAAUAAUAUUAAUAAAUAUGAUGAAGAGGAUGAUGAGGAAAAUAAAACCUUAUGGGCUUUUAUACCACAUGGUGUAAAUCAUUGUUGUUCUAGUCAUUAUUAUAAAUCUUUUAUUAUGAACGAUACUAGCGAUAAUAAUAAUAAUAAUAAUAAUUAUAAUGGUGAGGGAGAAAUGUUACAGGAUGAUAAACAAAAUAGAAAUGUACAAAAGGUUGUGAAUCCUAACUUUUAUUAUGAUCGUGCGAGAAGUUUGGAAAAUCAACAUACACCAGCAUAUGAAUUGAGUUAUUCAUUAUUAGAUUUAUUUUUACAUGAAUGUUCAUUUAAUGAGAAAGAUAUUUUUAAUAAUAGCAAAAGAGAUAUUGAUAUAUUGUAUUUAUAUAAUACAUCUAAUAAUUAUAAUGAUUAUCUUGUUCAGAAAAUUAUGGAUUAUAUAUAUAAUAAUAAUAUGAAUAAUUUAAAAGAUAAAAUUCAAAAAUACGAAGUUGAUUUAAAUUAUUGGAAAUUAUGGGGAUUACAAACAACACAUAAACUUAUAAAAAACAAAAUGAUCGAUUAUACAAACAUGUUACAAAGAAGUAAAGUAUGUAUUAUAAGUUCGAAAUUUGCUGGAAUGUUAAAUAAAAUGGUUAUUGAUGCUUUGUUUUAUGGUUGUGUUGUUAUAUCGGAUAAAACACAUAACAAAGAUAUAAAUAAAUUUAUAGUUACAACAAAAGUACCUUUUGAAUAUUAUGAAAUAUCAGAUCUUAUAUAUAAUAAAGAAAAUAUGACUUCACUAGCCAAUGAUCUUAUAGACAAAAUUAAUACAACAUUAGAAGAAGUUAAAAGUGGAAAAAGAAAUCAAAUGAGGAUUGACGUAUUCAAAACUAUUUUAAAUACAUAUACAUAUAGUGCUGUUAUAUUAAAUUGGAUUAUACCUUCUAUAUAUUUUCAUUAUAAUAAAGAAAAAUAUGAAAUUAAAAAUAAUUAUUUUGUUCUUCCACAAUAUUUUGAAAAAAUUAUAUCCAAAAGUUUAAAAAUUACAAGUGCCAAAAGAGAAAAAAUUAUUGCAAACAUUGAUUUAUCUUUACAAGAAGAUCUUGUUAUGAAUAAUAAUGAAGUCGUAGCAUGGGGUAUUAUAUGGUUUUUAAUAUUUUCAAUAAUUCUUUUCUAUAUGCUAAAAAAUAGUAGUCUUGUUACAUUCUUGUUCAGACAACAUAAAUUACAUAGAUAA